UCAUCAUCUUAAAAGCACAUCGUGUCCUGUGAUGUUGGGGUGUCUGGACAUUUUGUUGUUGUGGGAGUUUGUCCUUGCAGGCAUUACCAAGCUUCUUCCUCUGCCUGAACAUCGCAGGACCGUGGGUUCUGACCGGCAAAGAGUGUGUGUGUGCCUUGCUAACUUUGUGACGGAGUUGAUUUUAAAAUGGUGUCACCCUGGCUCUCCGGAGCUCCUGCUUCCCUGACGAUUCCACCCCCAUGGCUGCCCCUCCUAGGGUUCUCCCCGAGCCCAGCCAUGGGGGAACUGUGUCGCAAGGACUCCACGCUCACCACGCUGGACGAGGAGACGCUGUGGGAGAUGAUGGAGAGCCACCGUCACAGGAUCGUGCGCUGCGUCUGCCCCAGUCGCCUCACGCCCUACCUGCGCCAGGCCAAGGUGCUGUGCCAGCUGGACGAGGAGGAGGUGCUGCACAGUCCCCGGCUCACCAACAGUGCCAUGCGGGCCGGGCACUUGCUGGAUUUGCUGAAGACUCGAGGGAAGAAUGGGGCCAUCGCCUUCCUGGAGAGCCUGAAGUUCCACAACCCUGACGUCUACACCCUGGUCACUGGGCUGCAGCCUGCGGUUGACUUCAGCAACUUUAGCGGUCUCAUGGAGACAUCCAAGCUGACCGAGUGCCUGGCUGGGGCCAUCGGCAGCCUGCAGGAGGAGCUGAACCAGGAGAAGGGGCAGAAGGAGGCGCUGCUGCGGCAGUGCCAGCAGCUGCAGGAGCGCCUGGGCCUUGCCGAGACCCGCGCGGAGGACCUGCACCAGCUGGAGGCUGACCACAGCCGCAUGAAGCAGGAGGUUAGCGCCCACUUCCAUGAGGUGCUGAGGCUGAAGGACGAGAUGCUCAGCCUGUCGCUGCACCACAGCAAUGCCCUGCAGGAGAAGGAGCUGGCCACCUCACGCUGCCGCAGCCUGCAGGAGGAGAGCCUUGGCCGAGACCCCCGGGGGGCUGAUCCUUCCCCUCCCCAGGAGGCCGCCCAGGCCCCUCUGUGUUGCCGCCGUAUUCUCAGGGUUCUGCUUGCCCAGGGCAGGCCUCUGGGGAAGCCAGCACCCCAAGCUGACCUCUGUCUGCCCCAGGCGGAGAAGGACAUUCUGGAGCAGAGCCUGGACGAGGCGCGGGGGAGCCGCCAGGAGCUGGUGGAGCGCAUCCACUCCCUGCGGGAGAGGGCCGUGGCCGCGGAGAGGCAGCGGGAGCAGUACUGGGAAGAGAAGGAGCAGACCCUGCUGCAGUUCCAGAAGAGCAAGAUGACCUGCCAGCUCUACAGGGAGAAGGUGAACGCGCUGCAGACCCAGGUGUCCGGGCUGCAAAAGGAGCGUGACCAGGCAUACUCUGCGAGGGACAGUGCUCAGAGGGAGAUUGCCCAGAGCCUGGCGGAGAAGGACUCCCUCCGCCGGCAGGUGUUUGAGCUGACGGACCAGGUCUGCGAGCUGCGCACACAGCUGCGCACACAGCUGCGCACACAGCUGCAGGCAGAGCCUCCGGGUGUGCUCAAGCAGGAAGCCAGGACCAGGGAGCCCUGUACGAGGGAGAAGCAGCGGCUGGUGCGGAGGCACGCCAUCGGCCCCAGGGACGACAGCCACUGCAGCCUCGCCAGCUCCUCGGAGUCUCAGCUCUGGUUGGACCUGAGCGCCACGUCCAGCCGCGAGCUGGUGGACAGCUUCCGCUCUAGGAGCCCUGUGCCCCCCAGCCAGCAGUCCCUGUACAAGCGGUUGGCCGAGGACUUCGGGGAAGAACCCUGGUCUUUCAGCAGCUGCCUGGAGAUUCCGGAAGUAGGCCUGGGAGCCCCGCCAGGAGCGAAGGCGGGUGACACAGACCUGGAUUAUGAGCUCCUAGACGGGGCAGACCUUCCCCAGCUGGAAAGCAGCCUGCAGCCAUUCUCCGCUGGAAGCCUGGAUGUCUCAGAGAGCAGCAUGCUCAUGAGGCGGAGGCUGGCCCGCAGGAUCCUGAGCCAGGUCACGGUGCUGGCGUUCCAGGGGGAUGCAUUGCUGGAGCAAAUCAGCGUCAUCGGUGGGAACUUCACAGGCAUCUUCAUCCACCGGGUCACCCCGGGCUCGGCGGCGGACCAGAUGGCUUUGCGCCCAGGCACCCAGAUUGUGAUGGUUGAUCACGAAGCCUCAGAGCCCUUGUUCAAGGCAGUCCUGGAGGACACAACCCUGGAGCAGGCCGUGGGGCUUCUCGGGAGGGUGGACGGCUUCUGCUGCCUGUCUGUGAAGGUCAACAUGGACGGUUAUAAGAGACUCCUCCAGGACCUGGAGGCCAAAGUGGUGACCUCAGGGGAUUCCUUCUACAUCCGGGUCAACCUGGCCAUGGAGGGGAGGGCCAAGGGGGAGCUGCAGGUGCAUUGCAAUGAGGUCCUGCACGUCACCGACACCAUGUUCCAGGGCCACAGCUGCUGGCACGCCCACCGCGUGAACCCCUAUACCAUGAAGGAUGCCGCGGGCCACGGCACCAUCCCCAACUACUCCCGGGCUCAGCAGCAGCUCAUAGCCCUCAUCCAAGACAUGACUCAGCAGUGCACAGUCACCCGCAAGCCAUCUUCCGGGGGACCCCAGAAGCUGGUCCGCAUCGUCAGUAUGGACAAAGCCAAGGCCAGCCCUCUGUGUCUGUCCUUUGACAGGGGCAAGUCGGACUCCAGCAGGAUGGAGGACUCCAGCACAUGCUUCUGGGCUGAGAGCUGCUUCACCUUGGUGCCCUACACACUGGUGCGCCCGCAUCGUCCCGCCGGGCCCCGGCCUGUGCUCUUCGUGCCCAGGGUGGUUGGGAAGAUCCUGAGCGAGAAGCUGUGCCUCCUCCAAGGGUUUAAGAAGUGCCUGGCAGAGUACUUGAGCCAGGAGGAAUAUGAGGCCUGGAGCCAGAGAGGGGACAUCGUCCAGGAGGGAGAGGUGUCCGGGGGCCACUGCUGGGUGACCCGCCAUGCUGUGGAGUCCCUCAUGGAAAAGAACAUCCACGCCCUCCUGGACGUCCGGCUGGACAGUGUCUGUGCCCUGCACAGAAUGGACAUCUUCCCUAUCGUCAUCCACAUCUCUGUCAAUGAGAAGAUGGCGAAGAAGCUCAAGAAGGGCCUACAGCGGCUGGGCACCUCGGAGGAGCAGCUCCUGGAGGCUGCCAGGCAGGAGGAAGGAGACCUGGACCGGGCGCCUUGUCUGUACAGUACUCUGGCUACCGACAGCUGGAGUGACGUGGACGGCCUGCUCAGCUGUGUCCGCCAGGCCAUUGCCGACGAGCAGAAGAAGGUGGUGUGGGCGGAGCAGAGCCCCCAGUGACAGGCCCGGGACUGUGGAGGCCUCUGGGUGCCGGUGAAUGCAGUCCUGUUUCUGGGUACAGGGCCUCUGGCAGAACUGUGGGCACCUGGGCACAUGAGGCCAGCUCUCCCCUCUGGCUGGGGUCUAACCUUGAACCCUCGCCACGUGCAGGACGCAUAUGGUGAAGCCACUUGUAUCUGCUUACUUUUCCGUGGAAACCAUCUUCACCCGUCACCAGGCUUGCCAUGGUCUGAACUGGAGACCGUGAGAAUGUUUCUGCAGUGGCAAAGGAGGGACAUCUUCCCACGCCUUCCCUAGAGCUGGAGGCCAAAACCACCUGUCUGUAGACCUGAUUCAAAUCCGUGGGCCUGCACUUCCCUUUUACAUUUUGAUGUGUCAAAGACUUGCUCCAAAAGCAUAGAGGCAAUGGGUGGGGAGCCAGGGGGGCCCCCAAGGCUGCUGCCACCCUUGCCGGGGCAGAGGCACAAGCCCACAUAUGCCAUGCAACUGGCCACCUUUUCUCAGCUUCUGAGGCUGUGAUGCCUCCAAACUCCAGUUUACAGAGGCCAGUGUGUUUACUUGUAAAUGACGUUUCUGGGUGAUACAGACAGUACUUUCAGGGGGCCUAUGCCCUGUGGCCUCCAUGCCCGUUCAGUGGGGGCAUCCUGGAGGAGCCUGGCACCAACACCCGUGUACAAGGCCCGGUGGACUCUGCCUUCCCCCAACCUCACUUUGCACCCCAGCCCUCAAACAUCGAGACUCCACCCCCAGGGCUCAGGGGAGGACCCAGGUCCCCCAGCACCUGGCCUUGCCCGACCUCCUGGGACUGUGGCAGAGUGAAUGUCAUUAGACAACAGUGUCUGAAACCCAGGAAGCUGUUCUAGAAUUCAGUAUUGUCAUAAACGAGUUCAGGAAAAGAACUAUAUAUUUUACUAAAAUAAAAAGCUUUUACAGUA